GACACCAGGAACAUCGAGCCAAUGACCUGGAGCAGAUUAUGGACAGCAUGAAAUGCAAAAUUGAUGAAUUAUAAGAUGAGUCCCUAAACAGGGUUUGCCAGCAACAAAAUAGAAUAAAAUACCUUCAAAAGGAGCAUAAACUGUUACAGAUGAAAUGCCAGCACUAUAAGAAAAAAACGAAUGGAGCAAGAAGAGACCAUUGCUUCUUUGCAGAAGCAUAUCUACAGAUUAACCAAAGAGGAAAAAGAGCAUGUUGUCACUCAAAACAGAGUGUUUGCCCAUCUCUGCAAGAGAGUUCCUCACACAGUCUUGGAUAAACAAUUGCUUUGUCUAAUUGAUUACUAUGAAUCUAAACUUCGAAAAUUCCAUACACAAAGACAAUGUAAGAAAGAUGACAGUCAGUCAGAAGAAAAAGACCACAGAAACCUGUAUGCCUCACCAAGUUAUAAAAGCCUUCUGAUGUUACAGAAUCAACUUAAGGAAUCAAAAUCCAAGAUUGACACACUUUUAGGUGAAAAUCUGAGCCUCCAAAAGGAUCUGGAAAACAGGCCCACAGAACAUGAAUUAAAACUUUAUAAACAACAGGUGAAGAAACUGGAAAAGGCCCUUAAGAAAAGCAUCAAAUUACAAGAGAUUAUUGGUCAAAAAAAGGUUGAUGACAUGGAGAAAAAAGAUGAGCCCCCAAAAGACAGCAGAAGCAUAUCUAAUUGACCAGAGAUACUUUCAGGUGCUGAAAUUCAAUUAGGCACAAUCCUUGAGCUCCAGUAAUUAUUUAUAAAAGGAGCACGGGAGGAGCCCAAAACUUCAAUAAAGAUAUUGUUCAAGAUUGUGGAUUUGAACAUCUUGUUCCUAUAAUAGAAAUGUGGGCAGAUGAACUUACAUCCUUAAAGGGUUUGCAUAAAUCUUU